UUGAAGGAAUUUGAGAUUCGUAUCUUCUCAUGUUCACAGUCUGGAUUAUUACAAAAACAAUGGGGACGAGCGAUCAUAACAAAGUACCAGUUAGCGCAACGUUAGCCAUGAAUUGAUUAUUUACUUCGCGCGACACAGAAAAUUAGAUAUCGGCGGUCAUUCAUUGUAAAAGAAAGCAACUUGAUCUGGGGCGUUUUCAAGGAUUUUUGUUGGACUUCCUCGGAUAUCGCAGUCAUUAAUUUUCUUUUCAUUUUGUCAUUUUAAUUUUGUGGAUGAACAUGCCACAGACAACUCCAUAUUCAGGCAAAUUCAGUCCUAGCACUUACAGCACCAGCCAUAGUCACCGGCAGCCAGUGGAGGAAAACUAUGGAGGGUUGCACUAUCGUGAUAACAAGCUUGUGUCAGGAUCUCUGGAAGCCCUAAUACAGCUCUUGGUCCCUACUGUGGACUAUUACCCUGACAGAUCUUAUGUUUUCACCUUUCUACUGAGCUCUCGUCUCUUCCUGCAUCCGUUUGAAUUAAUGUCCCAUGUCUGUUACCUGAGUGUGGACCAUCAUAGAGUUGGUGACCCACAGACAGAUAAGAAAAGAAUACGGGAAAUGGCACCGAAAAUCGUGCAGCUGCUCACAGAAUGGACAGAGACCUUUCCGUACGACUUCAGGGAUGAGCGUAUGAUGCGCAGCUUGAAAGAAAUGACCCAUCGUCUUGCCUUUGGAGAUGAGCUCUCACGGAGGGCCAUGCAGAGACUCAUUCAGCGUCUCUUACGCAAGCUGACCACCCUCGGACAGUACGAAGAGUCGCUGGCGACAACCAGGGCCGCCACUGCCUUAGAGAGACCAGUCGUCUUGAAGUCCAAGCAGCAGUUAGUGCGCAGAGAUGAGUGUGUUCUGAAUCUGUGCGAUGAUCCAUUCGUCUUUGCCCAGCAACUCACACACAUUGAGAUGGAGAGACUCCUAUAUAUUGGCCCUGAAGAAUUUGUUCGAGCGUUUGCACAGAAGAGACCCUCGGACAACCAUAAAAGUUUCUUUAGCAAAAGGAAAGCGAGUAACCUGGAGGCUUAUGUUGAAUGGUUCAACAGACUAAGUUACCUGGUAGCCACAGAAAUUUGCAUGCCUGUAAAGAAGAAACACAGAGCAAGAGUGUUGGAGUUCUUUAUCGACGUGGCACAGGAAUGCUUCAACAUUGGCAACUUCAACUCCCUGAUGGCCAUUAUUACUGGGAUGAACAUGAACCCUGUUUCCAGACUGAAGAAAACCUGGAACAAAGUCAACAUGGACAAGUUUGACAUCCUGGUGCACCAAAUGGACCCAUCUAGCAAUUUCUAUAACUACCGAACUGCAUUGCGUGGAGCCACUCAGAGGUCUAGUACAGCACACACAAGCCAAGAAAUGAUUGUUAUCCCAUUCUUCAGCCUGUUCAUUAAAGACCUCUACUUUCUGAAUGAAGGAUGUGUCAACAGAUUACCUAAUGGCCACAUAAAUUUUGAGAAAUUUUGGGAGCUGGCCAAGCAAGUGAGUGAGUUUCUGUCCUGGAGGCAGGUGAUUUGUCCUUUUGAGAGAGACCGAAAAACACUGCAGUAUCUCAUCAGUGCUCCAGUAUUCAGUGAGGAUGAGCUUCAGCUGGCUUCAUAUGAGAGUGAAGGUCCGGAAAACAACCUGGAGAGAGACACCCGCCGGUCGCUCAGGUCGUCUCUCAGUAGAAUGUAAGUGGCGAUUUUGGGAUUAAGUCCUUUCACAAGGACUGAUGGCACUGAAGACUUUGAAGGACUUUUGUGAUCUGUGAUUUACAUUGCUGAAUUUGAGGCUGGAUUCUCAUUGUGACAGUAACAUUAUGCUAAUGAAAACAUAUUCAUCUCAUGUACCUCAGAAACCUUAAUGAAAUGUGUUAUCAUGCUUUAAAAUCUCCUGGGUGUAUUAAGAGCAUGUCGCUGGCUGACCUGUUCUGUAAUAUUUUUUGCAAUUAUUUUUUGCUCUCGGUAAAUGGUAAUAAUAGUUUUUGUGUACUAAACAUAUUUGUUACAAUAUUCAAAGAUAUUUUUAUGUUUAUCAAAGUUUCAUGUGGUAACCGUGUACAUGUUUCCCUAUAAAGAAUCUCUGAAUUAA